AUGGGAACUGAAAUCGAAGAAAUGGUUUCGAAGUGCCCAACGUGCAACGAAAACAGAAACAGCAACGCCAAACAGCCUUUGAUUCCUCAUGAAAUACCCGACCGGCCAUGGGCGAAGAUAGCAGUUGAUCUGUUCGAGUUUAAGAACACUAACUAUCUACUAAGCGUUGACUACUAUUCCAAGUACCCAGAAGUGUCCAAGCUCCCUAGUUUAAAGAGUUCAGCAACCAUCACUGCAUUAAAGUCCAUCUUUGCUCGUCAUGGCAUACCAGACGAGGUCGUCAGCGAUAAUGGUCCGCAGUUCGCCAGUGCUGAGUUCAACAACUUCUCCGGCCAAACUUUGGGAAUUUCGUCAC